ACCCUUGUGCUCAGGCACACGGCCUUGCUAUGGACCAAAUGUGACUUGAUCAUAAAAUGGAUAAUUGUCGGGCUUGACUGGAAGCUAGGGUCCAAUGCUAGCAGGUGUUGGGGACGCCUUCCUUCUACUCCGCAGUCGAAACCUAGGACGGGCAUCCGCCAGACGUGGCGCAUCCUCCCAACCGUUCGAAACAUCAUGAAGGAAUCGGAGAACCUUGCCAGGUUAUACCACUCCUGCUUCUUGUGCCAAAAUAGCCUGUUGUCGUGGUGAUUUUGCGCCAGAUGUGAUCGCCAAGCAUAUGUGACAAGUAGAACGGUUCCCUAGCCCGAGAGAUGCACUACUCAUCAUUUCUCAUCAUUGGCAGGUCUCCUCAAAUCUACGGAAGGACUCCAAUGUAUGCAGGUUGGCGGGAGUACCUCGCGCCAAUUCAUGCUGCGAUGUGGAUCUUGGUCAUGUCGGCACGCUUCUCCUCCCAGUGCUCGUUCAUCCUUGGGUGGCGUCGAGACAUGGCAAUGGCGUCUUACUAUUUUCCCUGGCCUGGAGGAGAGCUCUAUUCUAACCUCUCUCUGUCUCUCUCUUGUAGCAUUUGCGCAACCACAGCCGGGAAGCCGAGACUGAAGAUUCAUCCGCAACACGCUGGCCCACGCCAGAGAUCACUCGGGCCCCGGAUACAAUUGACUCACCCUACGAAACCCUACGAAAGACUCAUAUCCCGGACACUGCUGACUCGGGCACUCCCGACUCUCAGCGGCGCGAAGUCGAGACCCGAAGGCGCCGCCAGAGGUCGAGUUCCCGUCCGGACCCCCUCACAUGACAAUGGCUGGGGACAGGGAGCGGUCUGCUUUGGGGACGCUUUUUUAUUUAUUGAUCUGAAGGCAGGACCUCAUGAGGUGUGAGGUUCCGUCUCCCGGCGAAGCGCAGAAACUUGACGGAAGGGAGUCAUCAAACAGAGAGGGACUUGAAAUCUGGGCGCUUCAACCUUGACAAAGAGAUAUUGAUAGCGUCAUUGUUGAGCCGAAU